GCCUCAUCCUGUCGGUGGGGAGCUGAGGCCCUGUGGUCAGGAAUCGGAACCCAGGCUUGCUGCUUUCUGGCCACGUUGGCUUUGGGGAGCUCCCCGCCCCUCCCCGGGCCUGGCUCGCCUCGCCGUAGGUGCCGCGUCGGUGCUGUUGCCCGUGCGGGGGUGCCGUGGCCCCGCUUCUGUCCCCUGCUCCGCCCCAGAGCCUCUCAGGGGGGUUGUGGGCAGCACAGACCUUCCGUCCGAGCCCGUCUCCUUCUCUGGAAAGGUGGGGCGGGGGGGCGGCGGCUCGGGUUGGGGGCCAGACCCCCAGGCUCGCGCCGUCCGGCCGCGGCAGGGUGGGCGGCCACCGUGUGCUGCCGAGACUGGGCGGGUGGCUGCAGCCCCUCGCUCGGGAAGACUGGGCCGCUGGCCCGAAGCCACUUCUGCGGAGAAGUGGGUUCCUUAGCACGCGUCCCCCCUCCGAGCCCAGGCCUGGGGGCGGCGGGGAGACUCUCCCCGGCCCAGGAGUCAGCCCCCGGCCCCUCCAGGCUCCUGUCCAGGAUCCUGAGCGAGUGUGAGGACGCCGACGAGAUCGAGUACCUGGAGGACGGCUCGUGGUGCCCGAUCCGCGCCGAGAAGGAGCACAGCUGCAGCCCUCAGUGUCCUAUCCUGGUGCUCGGCACCUCGGACGCCAACGGGCUCCCGUCCACCCCUAACCUCAAUGGUGGCGGUGCAGGAGGCGCCGCGGGCGGGGGCGCCGCGGGCGGGGGCGGCGCGGCGGGAGGCGUGGAGAAUGGGAAGCCGGGAGCCGACGUGGUGGACCUCACGCUGGACAGCUCGUCCUCGUCGGAGGAGGAGGAGGAGGAGGACGAGGACGAGGACGAGGACGAGGAGGGUCCCCGGCCCAAGCGCCGCUGUCCCUUCCAGAAGGGCCUGGUGUCGGCCUGCUGAUUGCUCACCGCCACCGCUGGCCGGACACUCGACUUUCCUGGUGCUCACCCACGCGGAUGGGGCGCAGGCGGGCCUCGGGGUGCAGAGGGAGGAGUGAUUUUUUUUUUUUUUUCUUUUUACCGUUCAUUUUGUUUUUCCUCCCCUUUCCCUGGCUCCUGGCACCUGUACCUCUGGACUCUCCUAUCGGAGGAUUAAAAAAAAGUAAAAUGACAAAAAAAGUACAAAAAAAAAAAAAAAAAAAAAGGAAAAGAAACAAAAAAAAAAAGAAAUCAAACUUUUAAAAACGAGGCAAGCCACCCACACGGCUGCUUGCCCGGCUGGAGCCCGAGCCCCGGAGCCCAAGGCGGUCCCGGGACGCCCCGCCUCGCCUCUUCCAGUGACCAUUCCAGCUGGUGCAGGGGGACGGGGCGCAUGGGGUGGGAGGGGGGCAGCGGGGGACACUGACGGGCACGUGCCCCUCCCCCUGGCAGCGGCCGCCACUUUGACAUUCGUCUGUUCCUUUGCUUUUUUUCUCUGCAAACACGUUCUCUCGCCCAGAGACCCUGGAGCGCACCGCCGAGCAGGGAGCAUUUUAGCCAAGAAGCCAUGGAGUGGGUUGGGGCAGGGAGGGGGGCGGGGGGAGCAGGGGCCGGGGUGGGGGGCGUGUGUGGGGGGGGGCCGGGGAGGGUUUAGCCACAGAUGUGUUGUAUUUUUUGAAAGUGCAAUAACUUGGUAUUUUGAAGACCCAGCAUGUGGCCAGGACCCCCUGUGGAAGGCGGGGGCCCCAGGGUGCGGCGGCGCGUGGCGUGGGGGGGUCUCCGUUUUCUAGCCAGCUACCUCGGUAACUCCAAUUCAGGUUAACUUCCCUACGGAGCAGCGCAGACGUCCGCAGAGGCCGCCACCGGGCCCCUCCUCGGCGGGGGCGGGGCGGGGCGGGCGGCCACUCCCCCAGGGGCAGCAGGGACACCCCCCCCCCCCCGCCCGCCCGCCCCACCUUCUCCACUUGGGGUGGCUCCUCCCCCCUUUUCUUGCUCUUGGGUUUUCCGACGACGACGGGUAGAGGCCCGCCCGGCACCCCCUCCCCUGGGAGCCUCACUCUCGUCUUCCAACAGGGCCGGGCCGAUGGGCCUCCCUUCAGCUGCUCACCCAGCACACCCCCCUCCCCCCCCCCCCCAGCCCCGGGGACGCCCGGCCUCGGGGUGGGGGUGGGGUCCGGCCAUCGGCCAUCGCGGGGAGCCGGCGGCUGGGCGCCCGGCCCCACCACGCGGCGUCCUCGUCCCCUGGAGGCCACGCUUGGUUCUCCCACCGCCUCUGUCUCGCUUCUCUUCUUCCUUGCCGCCCACCCCCUGCCCCAGAAUAAUUUCCUUUGUAUAAACAGAACUCUUGUAGUCAGGAAGCAAUAUCAUUUCAGGUCUAAAGAAGAAAGGGACAUCAAUCUGGCCGAGGGCAAACUCAGUUUUACUGUAUAAACUCGGCUGUGCAGUGCGGCCCCUCCGUCUGCACGGGCCGCUGAGGGCCACCGUUUUCUAAUAUUUGUAUUCUAAUUUAAUUGUUUUUAAAAAACACAAAUAAAAAAGGUCAAGGUGAAGCCA